UGUCUGGAUUCAGUGUGCAGUCGCUCGUUACAUUCAUACUUUUCUAUCUAUAUCGCUACUACUUCUAUACCUCUGAGAGGGUUAUACUACAACUGAAUUACUUUUGUAUUCAUUAAACUACGACUAUACAUACUGCUACAGAACAUCCCCACGACAAUCUGCCUCGUGCACUACCACCUCUCCCUCCCACACAAGAAAUCAAUCAAAAUGGUCUACAUCGCCAAAGAAGCCAUUAUCUUCUUCGUCAUCCUCGGAUGCGUGGUAGUCUCUGUCUUCGGCUACUCUAUCCAUUACCUUGCGACUAAUGGGUUCUACGGUGAGGAGAGGAACCUCGACUUCCCUCCAGAGCAGAGGAUAUACAUGCGUCAGUUACGACUAAGGGAUUUGCAUUGGAUGGCUAGAGAUAAUGGAAUCAAGAUUGCGAGUAAUACGUCGCCGGUGUAGGGCUUAUGGUCUGGUCCUCUUUCUCGGGUUAUGGUUAUGUGUGAUGGGACAUUGAUGGAGUUUUAUGGUUGGGGUGUUAGGGUUAUACUUGUUGCUUGUUUGGU